AUGAAUCGCAAGGAUAAGUUAAUCAAAAAGAAACCUUCGGGUGCCGAAUUUAAGAGAAGGAGAGAUGAAAAGGAAGCUGAAACGAAGAAAAGUACACAGAGCAUUAGCUUGUUCUUAACGAAAGAAUCAAGUGAAGUUUUGCCUCUUGAAAAAUCCGAUGUUUGUUUGCCGAACGAGAAGGAAUGUGAAUACCGUGAUGAUUCGCAAAGCGAAUCGGCAAUUCUGCAUUCAGCGUCAAGUGCAUUUGAAUUUGAUGUUUCCAAGCGUGAUGAAAAUGAAGAAACCUCAAAUGGCAAUGCUGACGCAAUUGGUUCUGAUAUUAGUGAUAUUAUGAACUAUCCAGUAAAUAUGUCUCAAACGCUGCUCGAGCGCAUCAUACGCACUGGGCCCGUUCAAGUUGUAAUUGCUUUUCCUACAACUAAUUGCCGGUCGUUUUCUGAGUCAUAUUAUACAAAGAAAAUGCUCAACGGAGACAAUGUUAACCGCGAAUGGCUUAUUUAUUCAAAAGGUCUGGAUUCUGUGCAUUGUUUUUGUUGCCGUCUUUUCCAACAAAAUCAAGUCGAUACUGGUUUUGCUUCAAUCAAUGGAACCAAAGAUUGGAGACAUUUGUCUACACGGAUCAAAGAGCAUGAACUUUCAACACUGCACAUUCAAAAUUACACCAAAUGGAAAUCAUUUUUGAGCCGAAUUUCGGAAAAUAAGACAAUCGACAGCGAAUUAUUUAAGCAAAUACAGCAAGAAAAAGAACGAUUAAAAGAUGUCUUCAAGCGAAUUAUCGCAUUUGUACUAUUUUUUGCACGCCAAAACAUCGCAUUCACCGGAUCGACAUCAAAACUUCAUGACUCAUCUGGGCGGAAUGGUAAUUUUCAGCAGCUGGUUAAGACGGUAGCUACAUUCGAUCCUGUCCUUCGAGAGCAUAUUGAGCGUGAAAAAAAUCAUUACCUCUCUCCAAAGAUUCAAAACGAACUUAUCGCAAUUAUUGGUGCAAAGGUGAAGACGCAUAUUUUGGAUUGUGUUAAGAAAAGUAGAUAUUUUUCGCUCAUUUUGGACAGCACAACUGACAUCACCCAUGUUGAACAAAUGACAGUCGUUUUACGGUAUGUGUUUGAGUAUCAAGCGACUCAGCGUUAUGAAGUUAGAGAGAGUUUCAUUGAAUUCUUGGAAAUGCACGAAAAAACUGGACUUGGGAUCAAAGAAAUGGCAAUCAAUGAAUUGGAAUCACUUGGAUUAGAUCCCGAAAACUUUAGAGGUCAAGGCUAUGAUAAUGGCGCGAACAUGAAAAGGAAAAACAUCGGCGUGCAGAACCUAAUUCUGGAAAAAUACCCAAGAGCAUUUUUUGUACCAUGUUCUUCGAAUCGGUGGGAUAUUAUGAAAAGCCAUAUCACGACAGCUUCCACGUUAGCUCCGAAAAACCUUUGUACAACUCGAUGGUCCAGUCGAAUCGCUGCAAUGAAACCACUUCGGCUGAAUCUUGGCAAAAUAAUCGCUGCAUUGGAUGAAAUUAAGAAUUCAACCGCUUUCAAGGAUAAAGUUCGUUAUGAAGCUGGAGCAAUUAUCGACAAAAUUGAUUAUCCGUUUGUGUGUGCAGUAUGUAUGUGGUACGAUGUUUUAAGUCACGUUAACAUUGCUUCGAAAGCCCUGCAAUCAAUUGAUUCGGAUUCGCAAGCCGCUGUACUUUGUUUGGGUAGUACUAAAUUUUUUUUGGAAGAAUACAGAUCAACUGGACCUGAAAAAGUUUUUAGUGAAGCAACAGAAAUCUGUGAGAGUAUGGAAAUCGAGGUCGUUUUUACAAACAGUCGCAAGCGUGUUGCUGUUGGACGUGAAAUAAAUUCGGAAGAAAGCUUCCAAAAUGAUUUCAUUGAUGUUGUCUUGAACGUAGCAAUCAAUGCAGUAGAGGAGCGAUUCGUUGCAUUAGAGAAGCACAAUUCAACAUUCUCCUUUCUCUACAAAUUUGACGAUUUUGAUCAAGCUGACGACACUUCAGUACAAACAUCAUUCAAGCGCUCGCAGCGCCAUGAACUCUCAAGAAAUGGAAAUUUGCUCAAGUCGUGCAAACAGCUUCAAGUAACGCUUUCAAAGGGAGAAGAAUGUGAUAUUGAUGUUGACGAAUUGAUUUCAGAGAUGAAGGUUGUGGCGGAAUUGGUAAAGCAUCGUCAUUUGGUUAGAGUCAUCGAUAUACUCAACGGGAUCAAGAGCAGCGACCGUUUAAAUGGCUUAGCUACAAUAUCAAUUGAGCAUGAAAUUGCUGAUUCAAUUCAAUAUGAGGAUAUCAUCGACGAAUUUGCCGCUUCCAAAGCCCGGAAAGUUUCCUUUUACUGA